AUGAUUGCAUAUCCUAUAAUCUACUGCGUGGUGGAUUUAGAAAAUCGUGGACUGAGUCGUGAAGGGCUGUAUCGUGUCCCAGGAAGGAAGGAUCAUGCGCAAAGUGUUCUGAAUGAGCUUCGGACCUCUCGUGGCAUCCCUAAGCUCGCCUUUCAAGAGGCUGAAGUGGUUGCUGACGUCAUCAAAUCAUUCUUGCGGGAGUUACGAGAUCCACUCGUACCAAAAUCUUCCCGUGAAGAAUUCAUUAGAGCCGCGCAGACAGGCAACAUCCUAGCCUUGAAUGUUGCUGUAUGUGAUCUCCCUCAAACUAACAGGGACACGUUAUCGUAUCUAAUGCUGCACUUGCAGAGGGUCGAGGCGUUGAAGGACGUGAACAAAAUGAGUGCUGAAAAUAUUGCACGCUGUAUGGCCAUUCCUAUCAUGGGUCAGACUGCAUAUCCUCGAGGAGAUAUACAUAUGGCAUCGAACGACGCUCGUGAAAAAGAACGCUGUGUAUUGCAGAUGUUGAGGAUGUCCUCGGUCAGUUCUUCGACCUUUGUAGCGUUGAAGUUUUCCGAAAGCCUGCCGUAUUUGAUUAUUGGCUUCAAGUUCCUUGAAUCGGAUUCGUCAGGUGAUGCAGCCGCUUAUGGCGCCACUCCAGCAUCCGCGCCACCCUACGAAGAAAUUGGUCGAGUUCCCGCGUCGGCACCUCCCUACGAGUCGGCUGUUGAUCAAAGUAUGCUCGGUCCUCUCACAAAAUCUCCAGCACCUAACCUUUUGCGACCCAUUCCUCGACGACCUAAAAAAUUCUUCGAUAGUCCCAAAUACGACAUAUAA